AUGGGUCCGCAUCCCGUGGUGAGUUGCCGUAAUUGUGACGACGAACUGGACGGUUGUCGGUCUGAGAACAUUGUCGACGAGACCUGCCAACCAGACACGAUAGCUUGCAUGGUGGAGGUAUUCUUUGCACCGAAUUCCACAAAGUUCUUCAAUUUUCGGGCCGGGUGUUCACCGCGCGACAGCUGCCCAGAAGGCUACGAGCUUCUGAUGUGCACAGGCUUCAUUGAUGGAAUAAAGACAUGUCGGCAGUGCUGUUUUGAGAAUAACUGCCACGACCCAACUCCGGGCUCCGGUUUGCGGGUUUCAGUUAUGAAAAAACUAAUGCUAGAAACGAACAUCCAGACCAGCGAUAUCGACAGACACCUUCAACGCGAAACUGAUCUGGCUUUCGGUCGCGGUGCAACAACGGCAACACCGAAAAUGGAAGCGCCUUCCAAGGUAAGCCCGGAGACGUCACAAGGCGCUCCAGAGCCACGAAUUGUCGGCGACGCAAAACUAACAAACUCGGACUAUCCCAAAGAUGAACCCGCAAAAGUGGAGGUAGCCAACAACUAUGCCGGGGUUACGAAAGAUCCUGGAGAUUCGUCUGAUCGCGAUUCCAAAGUUUCUGUUGGGAUUUUGAUCCUUAAUAUUGUCUUGGCUAUGGUACCACCAGUACCUGGUGUCGAAUUCGAAGUUUUUAAAGCUAAUCCCUAUCUUUACGACCUCUACGAAAAAGGUUAUUUUGAAAUUUUUGAAAACGCAAUGGAUUCGGAUUCUGUGCCUGAUGAUGAGAAGAUUGCUGUUACCUUCUACUUAGCCCAACACACGAAUUUUCUCUCGAAUACGGGCUUCUCUGUUGAGUCCCUGAAAGACGUUUUGAAGUCUCUCAACGCGACACAUGCAGCCAAUUGCGGGGGCUGGAUAACAUCGACCGUUAAUACAUUAUUUUCGGCAGCCCAAAAUAAUGAUACCUUCGGUGUUAGCGACGUUCUCACGAAUAGUCUGGUGGAAGCGAACAUGUUGGAGGGUUCUGAAGAAUAUCCCAUCAUGGUCGACGUAAAUUUGGCUGACUUGAGGGGCGUUACACCGCUUCAUGUUGCAUCGGCGAAUCUGAGCUAUGAUGUUGUGAAGCUUCUUCUUUCCUACGGAGCUAAUACUAAUGCGCUUACAGUUGACGGAAUCAGCUGCCUUAGUUUCUGUGUGUGCACCUAUGUAGACAGACACCCAGUCCAAAUUGGCAGUGACAGUCACUUGAUAGAAUUAAACCGAGAUGAAAUAACUACUGAGAAGUGGUUCCGUGCAGAAAUUAGCUGGCUGCUAGGUAGCGACAAUGACAUCCACGAAGAAAUAUUGGAAGUUGAGGAAAAACACAAUCCAGAAGAAGAAAACUAUACUGAAACGGGAUUCAUGAGUCUAUUGAGAGAUUUCUGUCGACCUGGAUAUUCGCUGGCUACCAUCGCUUCAACUUUUAACAAAUACAUGUCGCCCAACGAGUUCCUGGACGCACUUAUCAAGGAGAAAGUUCCGAAGUUUGCUAGACAAACCAAAUUACGCAAAAUUGGAGGGCAGCACAGGAAGUGCCUUGUGACGAAGGCCACACAAAUAGAUCCGGAGGACUUAAAGUACCUUCGAAAGAGCAUACGGGUCAGUAGAAGACUAGAAACAGUUUUAACAUUGCUUCAAUACGGGGCUGAUCCGAAUGCUUCCAGUGUCCCCAUGACCCCGUUGAUAGCGGCUUCAAGACCAGCAGAUCUGGAGUUAACGCGACUUCUCCUUCACUUCGGUGCAGAUCCGAAUGUCCGAAUUCAGGCGAGACCGGAUACUGCGGCCGAAGUUAGUCGAUCGUUUUACGGGAAUGUGCGCGAGCUCGGAGUUAUUGGACUCACGCCGCUUCACUUCGCUGUGCUCACGCCCGGAGAAGUUGGCGUCGAAUUGACUAGAAUGCUUCUCGAUUUUGGGGCCGACCCGAAUGCAAGGGCGGAACCGGAUGAUAGCUUCCUUCCCCGGAGCCAGGCAUGUGACAAGGUGAGUCGGUCAGCAGCACACUCCAGUCCGGGUGAAGGAUCCGAGCGCUUCCCUUCUCGAUGGUGUCGAUCAUCAUCACGGUACCCACCUCACCUUGUCCGCUUUGGAGAGGUCUUUGUAAAAUCGUCGGAAGUCGACGGCGGAAGGACUGCUUUGCAUCUUGCCUGUGCGAGAAAUUACGACCUAAAGCAUUCAGCGGCCAUAGUUGAGCUCUUGAUGGAUCGGGGUGGGGACCCAAAUCUCCUCUGCAACGGACACAGCCCGCUCAGUGUUGCGAUUGCGAGCGGAAAUGACAAGAUUGUGGAGCUCCUUGUGUCCUAUCAAUUGACGAAUCUAACAAUGCGUCUAACCAAGGGACUCGGAUCAGCGCUAUGUGUGGUCUUCAAUCCAAUGUAUGAGAAUUCCCGAAACUUACAGUGUCGUCUAACAUUGUUGUCACACUUGAUUCGACGCUGUCCAAAUGGGCUCGUCAAUCAUAGAAUUGCCAUUCCGCCAGAUAACACCGAAGGUGGUAGCGUUGUCGACUACGCUUUUCAAGUCUAUUCAAGUGUUGGACCGAGCCUGUUGGAGAGACCCUUCGCUCCUGUCAAUUCUACUGAUCAUCAAGUUUUUAGUCGAGAUGAGUGCGUGGAGAACGCUCCUUCGGGUAAAAACGAUCACCCUGCUAGGCAUUACGGCUUCUACGAGAAUCGCUUCUACAUGAGAAUGGACGAAAUGGAACGCUUGCAAGCUGAAAAUUUCCCAUUCACCGGCAACUACAGUCUGAUAUAA